AACAUAUUAAGAUCACAAAUUUUGUGAUAAACCAGAGAAAAAUAAAGAGAAGAAAAGCUAAAAUAUAUAGCUGCUUUCUAUGGUUAUUUCUCUUAUCUGCAUUUUAUAUAAUAUAAAUCUAGGCAUAGAAAACGCUACACCUUGUCGUCUUCUCCUCUUUCCUUCCAUUUUUGGAUGACUGCUCCACCUCCUUUCACCAUCACGGGUCUUUGCCACUCCAUUUCCGUGCAACGUUCGACUAUGGUCAACACAAAUGGCCAAAAACUUUUGAAGUUUCUGAAAAGAUAGAUUUUAGAGAUUUGAUUCGGACUCCAAACGGCUAAUUCAAUCUCGAAGCCAGAGUCUCGGUCUCUCCAUUUCAGGCAAGAUCUGAAUCAAAUCACGUGAGGUUUGUCCUAUUCUAUAACGUUUUCAAAACAACCCCUUACCAAGGGUUCGAUCUGGUUUUCCCGCUCAAGAGUCCACAAACCCUAGCAUUCAUUUCUUAUAAAUACACCUCUUACGGGGACGGAAAAAGAGAGUUCUUUUUUGGAGCCGCCUUGAUCCCUCUAAAAUCAACAUUUUUAAUCCCUAUACCGUCGAGUGCUCCUUUGAAAUAUUAAGACAUUUUUACCCUGUUGUUGCUUGGAAUUAGGGUGUAGAUCCGAGAAUCGAGCCCAGUUCACUGCACACGAGAAAGAGGAACUCCAGCUGCAAGAAUAUUACAGAAUGCUUAAAGAGAAAAGGGGAAAACUGUUUCGCCAAUGGUAUAUAACAUAUGCUGUUUUGAUGAAUCUGUUUGGGACACAACAGAAGAGACCAUGGCCUUUAGGAAUGUGGUAGUUAAUUAUCAUGUCUAGCUUGAAUUGGGUUAGGAUUUGAUGUUUAAUAAAUCUGAGCCUUAUGAAAAGAUCUGUCUAUUUGUUCUAUGAAAUUUAUUUCCAAGCGUAAAACUUUUAUCUCGUGGUAUACUCAUAAAGAAGGUUGAAAGUGCACACUAUUGACUUAAUUUACAGUACUAGUAUUGUAAUUGCAAAUUACUAAGCAACGUUUCUUUUAAUUUCAGUAGUUAUUUCUGUUUUUAAUCUUAUAAAUGGUUAGCUUCAUGUCUUUGUAGCCAGUGAACAUAUACAGAUAUGCUGUUUUGUCCAUAAACCUUUGUUUUCAUGUCCACCUUAGGUGUCUCGUAUGUGCUCUGUGAAAUGUACUAGGAUUUGUUAUGUCACUGAUCACGUUUGUAGAAAACAAGUCCAAGACUAAUGACGUGAACUUAAUUUGUUAUUCAUAGUAGUGCGCAUUCCAAUAAUUUAAUUAAAGGUUUCUAAGUUGUGUACUUGAUAUUCUAUUUUUAGAUGUUUGACUUGAUGAAGAGAGCACUGUAUUCAAAUCACUUUGAGAACUUUUAUUGAUUAAUUGGCGCGUGUUGUAAUGCCAUGUAUAUGACUGUACUUAUUUCAUUUGUUAUUGGUUGGAUUGCAUGCUAAUCUUUAUCUUUUUUCGCAUGUAUCCUCUUCGGGAGCGAAAUGGAGUCUUUAUAAAGGACUCUCACCGCCGCAAGCAGUCUCGCACCGAGACUUAAUAUUCGUCGCCGCUAGAUUCAGGACCAACAUAUAGCCCUUACGUGUUCCUCACAUCCGAACAGAAAUGAAGAGGGGCGAGGAUAGAACAUUCUGUCACAAUCCCCUUUUGUUGCUUAUCAUAUGAAUAUUAUGUGUGCCUGUUCAUUAUGAAUGUUUUGUUUGUCAUUGGUAGUUUUGUUUUUUUUAGUGCUUGAAGUAUUUGUCUUCUGUUUGAUCACUCGGACAAGCACUAGUAAAAAAAAAAAAAGGAGUCGCUUUUAAACGUAAUGCAGAAACAAACCAAUUCUAUAUUUUUAGUUCUAAAGGAGCUGCAUUUGAAUAACCGUAGGGCAUCUAGAACCUAAUUCCCUUUUAUGUUUUUUAAAAUAAUGGUGGCAGAAAGCAACUUGGUUUUCUUUAUUCACUUGUUUAAUCAUUUUUAUACAGUUAUAAACUACUUUCCUAUCAUAUUUUGCACUUGACGCAUAGCUUUUUAAUUAACAUAAGUCCGGUUGGUUAACCGUUUAUAAAUGGAUCUUAAAGGGUGCGUAAUAUCUUCCCUUUAGAUUAAUUGAACCCUUACCUAGAAUCUUAAGUUAGUAGACCUUAAAACGGAGUUAACUUUAGAAAAUAACUUUAAUGAACUUUAGGUGUCCUAAUUCACUGUAAAUAAUUAGGUGACGACUCCCUAACUUUAAUUAACUCCGGAAUUAUCGGGAUGUUGUAAACCAUUUUGACUCCGGUUAAAAUGGGGUAUAACAAUCACAAAAGUUACAGACUCAUAGCAAAUAUAAAUGGCAACCACAAGUUCUCUUUAAACAAAAUUUAUCCACCAUGGUCGAAAUGGAGAACUAUGGCAUACAUUCUCUUAUUUAUCUUGGGAUCAUUUUGUGACAAUGAAAUUUAGAAAGAGGCCAUUUUGAAGGGAUUUGUAAAUAGAGAUGACUUUGAUAUGGAAUCCAAUAUUUUUUAGUGUCAUUUCUUGAAUUUAUCAGUAUCAGUAAUAGAAAGACAAUUGUAGCUUUUUUUAAAUGUUUAUCUUUGAUUAUUUUUGCAGCAAUUGGAAGAAGUUAAAUUAGCUGUGAAUUUUUUGGGUUUUGUUGAAUCAAUCUGUGCAAUGGUUAAGAAAGUAAGAGCCUGUUUGGAUGGACUUAUUUUAAACAGCUUAUAAGCUGCAAAUAACUUAUAAGCUAAAAAAAAAAAAGUUGGGUAGUCUCACUUUUUUUUUUUGGCUUAUAAGCUGCUUUAGAUAAGCUAAGUCAAAUGGAUCCAAUUAUUUUUUUGAGCUUAUUUUAAGUACAAAAUAACUUUAAGCUGACCAGUCAAACACUUAAAAAAGCUGGAAACAGUUUAUAAGCAACUUAUAAGCCAAUCCAAACGGGCUCUAAGUGUCUAAUUUUUUUUUUAUGGUACCUCUUUCUUUUCCCCCGUAACCUCAUCAUUAUUGCUGUUUACUCUUUCUCCAUAAAUUCUUCAAGGUUAAUUAUUUUUUGUCCAUAAAUCCUUCAAGGUUAGUUAAUCUUUGCCAAUUCAAAAAUCUAAAAAAAAAAAAAAAAAGAAUUUGCCCAAGAGGUAAAAACUCCUUGCUAGCCUUUUCUUUUAAUUUGAUUUGUCUUUUUUCGUGCAAAAUGGUGCUGAUAAAGUAAUGCUUUGGGUUGCUUCAUGCGUUAUUGACAAAUUUUUAAAAUCUCUUUUCAAUAAUUUGUAGUGAUUCAAGUAUCGGGCUUUGCUGUUUUUCUAGUUGUUUCCAUGACUGUGCAUUUGUUUUGUGUCAUUUGUUGGUAACAUGUCUAUUUUUUUUUCAAUCUAUUUUUUAUGUAGCAAACAGAUGCAGAUCGACUUUAAAAAUCUCAUUGUCAUUGCUAGGAUGAAAAUUUUAUUUGUGUAUGCUCGACAUGGUAGAUUUGAAGCAGAAGCAAAUAAUUGACUUUUAUAGUUUGAGUUGAGUAAUUCGAUAAUUCAUGAUUACAUUUUUGUACAAACAAAUAAUUAAUUACGAAGGCUUAUUGUAUCAACCAAAGCAUUUCAGAGGCAUUGAGGGGGAUAAGAAGAUUUUUCUAAAAUUCUAAAUGUGAUUGUUAGUCUAACCGAUUCUUGGAUGUGAGCAGCAAUGGUGUUGUCACGAGAAUGAGGAUAUGAGCACAGAGCGUAAAUCAGUUGAAGUUACGAUGGGUAUUUGAUCACCUUGCUGACUAGAAGAGAAAAACUUCUGAACUUUUUUAAUUUAUAUCAGGGAAUUUGUUAAGGAAUUGAUAGCAAUUUUAAUGUAUUUAAGGAGUAUCAUGUAUGUUUUUGUAAAUCUUAUUUUUGUUAAACUAUUUUACGGAAAGGGCUAUAUAUCAUUUAGUUUUAAUUUCAUUUAUUCUUUAUCUUUCAUAUUAUAGAUGUUUUCUUUUGUGUGGAAUUGGUAUAUGAAAUAUGUAUUAUAUUUUUUAUUUCCAAAAUUAAUUUUUUUAUGCAUUUUAAAUUGAAAAUUUAUCUCCUCUAUCUUGAUUAAAUUUGCAAAGCAAAAGAUCAUUUCUUAAAUUUAUUGAAUUUUCGCGCGAUCAAGUUUACUAGUUUCAUAUAUAAUGGGAUAGACAUCUUUCUAUUUCUGUUACUAUAUUUCCAAUUUACCGUUUAGUUUUAAGAUAGACAUCUUUCUAUUUCUGUUACUAUAUUUCCUAUUUACUUUUGUUACCUUUUUUCCUUGCAAAUUUUAAUUUGAAGCAUAUUUCCUCUUUCCAUCAAUUCCGCUUUUGAUUAUCUUUCUUUUUUUCAGUUUUAUCACAAAGAUGUGAUGCUCUACGUUCAGUUUAUAGCUGAAUUCUAAUAUUUUUUAAGUUAAUAAAUUCCAAAUUAAUAAUUUAUACAUAUUUAAUGAAUUUAUAAGAUAAAUAAAAAAUUUGAAUCAAAGCUAUCGGGUUCUGCCAAAUUCGUAGCGGACCCUCUAGCUAUACCCUGGACCUAAGUAAUUAUAGACCAAGUCAAAAUAUGCAAUUUCAGUUAAGGAUGUUGUUUACAAAAAAGUAAGGAGACUUGAAAGUUUGUGGGAGCUAUGAAUCCUAAGGCUUCAAAAAUUGCACAAUUAAAUUAUAUCCAUCUUUGACCUUCUUGAAUGAGCGAACAUAUAGGUAAAUUUUAAAAGCAUUAUUAUUGCUUGACUAAAGACUCGUACAAAAUUCCAGCUAAAAUUGACAUUGACAGGGCUCAAUAAGGACAACAUCAUUUGUAGACUUAUAACGGGAUAUUUACCCAGGAAUUGACAGGAGUGGACUGAAUAAUUUCCAAGUCUCCUAUGUAACCCUUCUUUUACUUAAUUGGCAUAGGUUGAUUUGUCCUAGAGUAGUUCAAGUCUUUGGACGCUUCCAAGUUCCAGUUAUAAACUGAAUGUAUAACAUAUUAACAUCACAAAUUUUGUCAUAAAUCAGAGAAAAAAAAAAUAGAAGAAAAGCUAAAAUCUAUGGCUGCUUUGCUAUGGUUAUUUCUCCUAUCUGCAUUUCACGCAGUAGCACUAGCACAACAAAGAUACUCUAAUAUAACUCUUGGCUCUUCUCUAUCACCUACCACCAAUUCAUCAUGGUUUUCACCCACCAGGCGCUUUGCCUUUGGGUUUUAUGAACAAACUGAUGGCUAUGCUGUUGGAAUCUCCAUCGCCGGUAUGCGUAAGAAGAUAGUGGUGUGGACAGCAAACAGAAACAGUCCUGUUGUCCCGAGCAGCACUGUCUUGCUCUUAACUAGUGAUGGAAGACUCAUUGUGCAAGUAGGAGGGAAAGAAAUCUCUGUCAUAAAUCCGUCUCAAGCCAUUGCUUCAGCUUCCAUGCUGGACACUGGCAACUUUGUGCUCUAUAAUUCUGAUCACAAUAUCAUAUGGCAAAGUUUUGACAAUCCAACAAACACCCUUUUACCAGGUCAACAUCUAUCAGCUCCACAAGAGAUGUUCUCGAGUGCCUCGGAAGCAGACGAUUCAUUCGGAAUUUUCCGUCUCAAAAUGCAAAAUGAUGGGAACCUCGUUCAGUACCCUAUCCAUACACCAGAUGAUGUCCCAUAUGGUUACUUCUCAACAAAAACCAAUACAGCAGGGAAUAAUGUUACACUGAAUCUUGAUGAUGACGCCCACCUCUACUUGUUCAAAUCCAACAUCAGUCUAAAAAAUCUAACCAACGGAGGCUACCCUAGGGAAAGGACCAUCAUAUAUGUGAUGAAAAUUGAUGUUGAUGGUAUUCUUCGAGUUUAUUCACAUUCUUUGAACCAACAGAAGAGCUCUGCAAUUUGGUCAUCAACAAAUGAUCUGUGUUUUCCAAAAGGCCGUUGUGGGCUUAAUAGUUUUUGUAUCAAUAUGGAUGAUAAAGUUGAAUGUGCAUGUCUUCCGGGAUUUGAUUUUGUAAUCCAAGGAAAUUGGAGCGUAGGCUGUGAAAGGAACUUCACUGCAGAAACCUGUCAGUUAAAGGAGAAUACUUCCAAAUACUAUGAUAUGAGCACAGUUGACAACACAAAAUGGGUAGAUUUUUCUUAUGCUGUUUUGGUCACAACAACCAAAGAAGCUUGUGAACAAGCAUGCCUACAGGAUUGUAACUGUGGGGCUGCUCUGUUCAACGCUGCAGAGUGUAGAAAGCAAAUGCUGCCUUUGAGGUAUGGAAGAAGAGACAUGAGUAACGCUAAUCAAGCAUUGGUCAAGGUGGGCAUUAGUGUAGUUGCCAAAAAAGGACUGCCUAACCAGAAUGAAGAAACAAACAACAAUAACAACAUACCCAUCAUCACAAAAGGCAAAAAGCUAAGGAUAGACAUCCUAAUUGCAAGCAUUAUACUGGCUAUUUUUGCUUUGUUGGUGUUAGGCAUCUCCGGAUUCGUUAUUCACAGAAAUCACUGGACUUAUAGGAAAAUCCAGGAGAGUAGAAGUGUUCAGUUAUGUGAGAAUGUUGCUCCACGAGCAUUUUCCUAUGCAGAACUAGAGCAGGCAACCAGUGGUUUCAAAGAAGAAUUAGGAAGAGGAGCAUUUGGAACGGUAUUUAAAGGGAUUUUGCAAGAAGACCAGAAAGUGGUAGCUGUUAAGAGACUAGACAAAGAAUUGGUAGAAGGGGAAACAGAGUUCCAAAUUGAAAUGAAAAUCAUUGGAAGAACACAUCACCGAAAUCUGGUCCGCCUCCUUGGCUACUGCCUAGAUGGAUCAAGAAGGCUGCUGGUGUAUGAGUACAUGAGCAAUGGGUCACUCGCAGAUGUACUUUUUACACCAGAAAAACAGCCCACGUGGGAGAAAAGGUGUGGCAUCGCUCGAGAUAUUGCCAGGGGCCUCCUCUAUUUGCAUGAAGAGUGUGACACGCAAAUCAUCCAUUGCAAUAUAAAGCCUCAGAACAUACUCAUGGAUGAUCAUUUCUGUGCUAAAAUAUCUGACUUUGGAAUGGCCAAGCUCUUAAAGAAAGACCAAACCAGAACCUACACAGGGGUAAGAGGGACCAGAGGCUAUGUUGCACCAGAAUGGCACCGAAAACUGCCAGUGACAGUGAAAGCAGAUGUUUACAGUUUUGGUGUUGUCCUAUUGGAAUUGAUCUGUAGGCGGAAGUGUGUAGAUUGGAGCCUUGAAGAAGAUGAAUCGAUUCUUGAAUACUGGGUUUACGGUUGCUUUGAGGCAGGAGAGCUAGGAAAACUAGUUGGGAAUGAGGAAGUUGAUAGAAGGCAAUUCGAGAGAAUGGUGAAAAUAAGCAUUUGGUGCAUUCAAGAGGAAUCACUUCGCCCUUCAAUGAAGAAAGUCUUACUCAUGCUAGAAGGGACAGUAGAAAUUCCAGUGCCUCCUAGUGCUACUUCUUUUCAAAGUUCCAUAUAGUUUUAAACUUCUUGACAUUUUAGUUUUUGUACUUAAGUUCCAAGUAUCCCAACUUUUCCAUGGCGAGCAGAGCACUUUAUCAUCCAUACUUUAGGUAAAUAAAGAAUAAUUCUAUCCAGUUUCUACAUCAUUCU